AUGCAUCUUUGGCUUUGGCAAUUCGGCAAUUCGGCAACUCGGCAGUCGGAAGCUUACUGUUAUAAACAUAGUGGCUCAUGGUUCACUAGCCGAAUCAUAAUCCAGAUUUUCCGCCGGCAAGGUCUCGGAUUUGGUGAGUUCCAAGACCUUGACCUCGACACGUCCUCCAACAACCAAGCCGGUUCACGAGGAUCAAUACUGCGCCACUCACCCGGCACUUCCUCGGUUUGGACCGUCCAUCACUUACGCAGCCGAGAACUUAGGGUCGCAGAUUGCCAGGCCUGCCUCAACUUCUCAAGGGUGAAGUUCUCAACAAACCGCUUAUCAGAUAUACGCAUCGUCUACAUGGGCUUCCGUCUUAUUCGUGGUGUCCUCUCAACUACGGUCUUGGUCCUGGAAUAUAAAACCACACUCCAUGGGCCUUUCGAUAUCAUUGCCAGUCUCGGUCAAAUUGGAGGCGGUGAUACGACCUUCGGUCAAUUCCAAUACGACACUACCAUCGGCUUUACGGACCCUACCCACGGCGAAGAGACCAACAUAAUGAUCAAGGCCAACUGCUACGGCUCGGUUCCAAGCGCCCUCCAAGCGGACAAAGUUUACAUCCUUCACGGUAGAUUGAUCGCUCGCAACGAAGAUGCGCCCCCAGUUCUCUUUUGCGAGCAAGAAGUCACUUUGAACAUCGGCGAUAGCUCCACUUACAUGUCGGUCUUAGCCAACAAGGUAGUGGUCGAAGGUUUUGGUAUAGUCGUCAAACGCGAAGAAGUCCCUGGAUUCGGGAUUGGCAAUGUCGCACAAACCAACCUCCAUGUCGUACUCCGUCACACCGAUUAUGACAACAUGUCUCGCAACAAAGUUGAGUUCGAAAUCAUGUACAUCGUCCCUGGCAACAAAAUACUCGGUAAGACUUUUGGAUUGUUCCGCCUUGGUCGCGAGACCGCCAUCUCCGGUUAUAUUAGCGGCUAUAUCGCCAAAGAUAAGAUGUGGGAAGCAACCGCAGUUGCUCCAACUUCUGGUGAUCAAGCAGCUUUAGUGGCGGCCCCUUCACGCGGUGCUUGCUCUGGAAACGUUCACCGUAGACCCGGAUUGAUACAGCUCGGCAGCAAACAAAACAAUUCAACUCCACCUGAACAAUCCACUAACAACGGUAGCCAAGCCGAUGCAACUAAAGUCAACAACUACCGAUCUCCUGCCGGUGCUGGACCUUCUGGCAGUGCGACUCUUCCAGCCAUACCCGAAGACAAACUCCGAAGGGGAUGA